UGAGUGUGGAGUAAGAGUUCAAGGAGAAGUGGGCUGAGUCAGAGGCAGGGGCACAUAAAGCUCCAUCCAUUCCUGCCCUUGGGCCAUCAGGAGACCAGAACCCAGGCUCUCUCUUCUGACUUGCAACAAUCUUACAGGGCCACCCUCUCCAGGUUCGCCGGCUCAUCCAGUCUGCUCCCCGGUGUUUUCUGGUUCCUGGCAAGUAUUUCUCAGUGCCCAGGUUUAGCAAUGGCUGGAUGGAGCUGCCUUGUGACAGGAGGAGGAGGGUUUCUGGGUCAGAGGAUCGUCCACUUGUUGGUGGAGGAGAAGGAUCUGCAGGAGAUCCGGGUACUAGACAAAGUCUUCAAACCAGAAGUUCGGGAGGAAUUUUCUAACCUGGGUCAAAGGCCACCUUUAUCAGGAAACGUCAAGACCCAGAAGCCUUGCAGUGACCUGAGUCCUGUUCACGCAGAGCUCCAGAGCAAGAUCAAGCUGACCAUGCUGGAGGGGGACAUCCUGGAUGAGCAGUGCCUGAAGGGAGCCUGCCAGGGGACCUCCGUGGUCAUCCACACCGCCUCUAUCAUCGACGUGGUCAACGCCGUUGGGCGAGAGACCAUCAUGAAGGUCAAUGUGAAAGGUACCCAGCUCCUUCUGGAGGCCUGUGUCCAGGCCAGCGUGCCGGUCUUCAUCUACACCAGCAGCAUAGAGGUGGCUGGACCCAACUCCUACAGGGAGGUCAUCCAGAACGCCUGCGAAGAAGACCGUCUCGAGACGGCCUGGUCCGCGCCGUACCCCUUCAGCAAAAAGCUGGCUGAGAAGGCUGUGCUGGAGGCUGACGGCUGGGCUCUUCAGAACGGUGGUACCCUGCACACGUGUGCCCUGAGGCCCAUGUAUAUCUACGGGGAGGGGAGCCCAUUCACCUUUGCCCACAUGAACAAGGCCCUGGAGAACAAUGGCGUCCUGACACACAACUCCAGGUUCUCCAGAGUCAACCCCGUCUACGUCGGCAACGUGGCCUGGGCCCACAUUCUGGCCUUGAGGGCCCUUCGGGACCCCAGAAAGGCCCCCAGCGUCCAGGGACAGUUCUACUACAUCGCAGACGACACACCUCCCCAGAGCUACGACGACCUCAAUUACAUGUUGGGCAAGGAAUGGGGCUUCUGCCUUGAUUCCAGAAGGAGCCUUCCGCCCUCUCUGAGGUACUGGCUGGCCUUCCUACUGGAAAUAGUGAGCUUCCUGCUGAGUCCAAUUUACAAGUAUCAGCCCCCCUUCAAUCGCCACCUCGUGACCCUGUGCAACAGCGUGUUCACCGUCUCCUACAAGAAGGCGCAGCGAGAUCUGGGCUACGAGCCGCUCUUCACCUGGGAGGAAGCCAAGCAGAAAACCAAGGCAUGGGUUGGCUCCCUGGUGAAGCAGCACAAGGAGGCGCUGAAAACCAAGACUCACUGACCUGGGCUGACGACCACGUGGAUGUGGGUGUGAGGGGAGCUCUGUCGAGCUGUUCCCCCCCACCCCCCCCCCCACCGCCACUGGCUUCAUACAGAAAGUAGCACAGGCACGAAGCCAAGUCCUCCAGCCUCGCUUUCCGAGGUGGUCACCUUCUUGUCUGCUUCUCACCACCGGAACCCUCCCCUGUCACUGGCCCAGAAGAUGCUGUCUGCCCUCCCUGCCCUUCUGGGGAAGGACAAGGGGACUGGGCACGACCGCUGGCACCCAAGUCUCAGUUGCUGAUUCUGAGCCUUUGGGGGCUUCUUUGAACUUUGAGUUUUGCCUCUUCAUUCCCUUUCCUUUGUUAAAUGCAAAAGCCUUUCUUUUAAAAGUAUGUAUCCCUUCACGCAGCUCCAUGAAAAUAAUAAACGUUUUAAUGACUCA